UGGGGGGCCGCCGUGGCCGUGGAGUCCGAGUGCCCUGUUCCCUCCACACGCACGUCCCUCCUUCUUAUAGUUCCCUCCACUCUCCUGUGCCCUGCGCCGCUUAGUUCCUCCAUGGCGCAGCGACUGCUCCUGAGGAGGUGUCUGGCUUCCAUCAUCUCCCGGAAUCCCCCUCAGAGGUGGGCACCCCUCCCCACUGGGGCCCUGCAGACCCCACAGCUCAGCCCUGGUGGUUUGGCAGUAAGAUCCCGCCAAGCUCGGUCACUGUACACCAGCAGAGUCUGUGCAACCACCUUUAACAUCCAGGAUGGACCUGACUUUCAAGACCGAGUUGUCAACAGUGAAACACCAGUGGUUGUGGAUUUCCAUGCACAGUGGUGCGGCCCCUGCAAAAUCCUGGGGCCCAGAUUAGAGAAGAUGGUGGCCAAGCAGCAAGGCAAGGUGGUGAUGGCCAAGGUGGACAUUGACGAUCACACAGACCUCGCCAUAGAGUAUGAGGUGUCGGCCGUGCCCACCGUGCUGGCCAUCAAGAAUGGGGACGUGGUGGACAAGUUUGUGGGCAUCAAGGACGAGGACCAGCUGGAAGCCUUCCUGAAGAAGCUGAUUGACUGAGGAGCAGGGACGAGUGCCGAGGGCUCUUGCCCUCCGGGCCCGCAGCCCAGGGGAUCCUGCUAGAACUCGGCCUCGGCGCCCCUCCGCCUCCUCCCUGCCUGCUGCCCUGGGCCGGCGUCGAGGGGACCAGGCCUCCAUCCUAGGACCCUGCGUCCAGCCUGCCACUGCAGGCUGGCUGCUGCGGGCCUGGUGCUGCUGCUGACCGGGACGGCCCUCUGCCCCGCUCUGCCCCUCGGGGCUGUCGCCUCCUGCCAGCUGCUGGGCGAGCGCUGCCCGCCUCAGCCUGCUCUUCCGGCGGGAUGGCCCAGUCCUCUCCAGCUCCAGGCCCGGCUCAUCUGCCGCCUGCAUUUUUCUUUCCUCUUGCUGUAUUGUAAAGAGAGAAGGAAAAAAGAAACCCAAACCAGCGAGAGUAAUAUAUAAUUCUCUCAUUUUUUGUAGGUCUGUAAUAAAGAACUUUAUGUGGGCCCUCCUA